CGUGGGUCUGCCCGGCCGCCCGGCCCCGCCCUGCCUCCCGGGGCAGCUCGGCUGCAUGGCCCGCGGCGGCGGCGGCGGCGGCGGGAGGCGGCCCGGGGGCCGCGGGGGCCGCUGACCGGGCGGAGGGAGGCGGCGGGGCCGGGCCAUGGGGGACGGAGCCGUUUGCAGCUGCCGGAGCCGAGAACCCUGCCCGAGCCGAAGCGGCGUCCCCUGCUGAGCCCGAGCGCCGGGUGAGAGGAGGGCGCGCGUGGCCACCCAGCCGGGGCCCCGAGAUUCCAGACCCGACCCCGCGAGGGGCACCCUGGGCGCGGCUCCGAGAUCCCAGCCCAGGACCCGGGAGGGGUCGGAUGUUUGCACGUGGGUCUAGGUGUCAGCUGCCUGGGAGCCUGGAUGUAUGGCUGUGUAAGGCCAGGAGCAGUGGCUUUGUUGUGGGAAGGGGUCCCCUAAACAUCCUGUCCAUAUUUGGGCCCCCUUGAUGCUGAGGGGUCCCAGCCUGCUCCCAGUUGGCCUGGUCUGCUUGCUGCUGGGACCUGAAUGGCCAAACCACUUUCCACCACGGUUCCUGGAAGGACUAAAUGAAGUCAUGCGUGUAAUGUGCUCCUGCCCAGCAGGUAGAAUGUGGGUCCAUGAGUGUCAAAGGGUGUGAGCAGGCCAGCAGCCGGAUGCCCGGGCCCACUGGGCGGGCCAGCGGCCGCCUGCGGGAUGAGCAGACUGCUGGGGGGGACGCUGGAGCGCGUCUGCAAGGCUGUGCUCCUUCUCUGCCUGCUGCACUUUCUCGUGGCUGUCAUCCUCUACUUUGACGUCUACGCCCAGCAUCUGGCCUUCUUCAGCCGCUUCAGUGCCCGUGGCCCUGCCCGUGCCCUCCACCCAGCUGCCAGCAGCAGCACCAACUGCUCUCGGCCCAACGCCACUGCCCCCAGCUCUGGGCUGCCUGAGGUCCCCAGUGCCCAGCCUGGCCCCACGGCUCCUGUCCUGCCACCGUGUCCUGACUUGCCACCUGGUCUUGUUGGCCGGCUGCUGAUCGAGUUCACCUCACCCAUGCCACUGGAGCGGGUGCAGAGGGAGAACCCAGGCGUGCUCCUGGGCGGCCGCUAUACACCACCUGACUGCACCCCAGCUCAGACGGUGGCAGUCAUCAUCCCCUUUCGACACCGGGAGCACCAUCUGCGCUACUGGCUCCACUACUUGCACCCCAUCUUGAGGCGGCAGCGGCUGCGCUAUGGCGUCUACGUUAUCAACCAGCAUGGUGAGGAAACUUUCAACCGGGCCAAGUUGCUCAACGUGGGCUUCCUAGAGGCACUGAAGGAGGACGCUGCCUAUGACUGCUUCAUCUUCAGCGACGUGGACCUGGUCCCCAUGGAUGACCGCAACCUGUACCGCUGCGGUGACCAGCCCCGCCACUUUGCCAUUGCCAUGGACAAAUUUGGCUUCCGGCUGCCCUAUGCUGGCUACUUCGGAGGUGUGUCAGGCCUGAGUAAGGCCCAGUUUCUGAGAAUCAACGGCUUCCCCAACGAGUACUGGGGCUGGGGUGGUGAGGACGAUGACAUCUUCAAUCGGAUCUCCCUGACUGGGAUGAAGAUCUCACGCCCAGACAUCCGAAUAGGCCGCUACCGCAUGAUCAAGCACGACCGGGACAAGCAUAACGAGCCCAACCCUCAGAGGUUUACCAAGAUCCAAAACACGAAGCUGACCAUGAAGCGGGAUGGCAUCGGUUCAGUGCGGUACCAGGUCUUGGAGGUGUCUCGGCAACCUCUCUUCACCAACAUCACAGUGGACAUUGGGCGGCCCCCAUCAUGGCCCCCUAGGGGCUGACACUAAUGGACACAGGCUCUCAGUGCCGAGGAUUGCCUGCCAGAAGACUGACCUACAGUCUGGCUGGCGGCUUCUCUGUGGAGGACCCCCAGGACUGAGAUGUGGGCUCUGCUGUCAGGGUCUUCAGUAGGCCCCCAGCUAUACAUGGAAGUUUCAUCCCCCCACUUUGGGGGGAUGCCAGCCUGGGCAGGCCCCACAAGUGUGGCCCUCUCUGGGGUCAACCCUCCUUCCUGCCCCACUCUCCCCAGCCCAGCCACCCUCACUGUCAGGGUCGGGCCAGCCCCUGCACUGCCUCGCGGAGUGGCCUGGGCUAGGUCACUCCACCUCUCUGUGCCUCAGUUUCCCCCCUUGAGUCCCCUAGGGCCUGGAAGGGUGGGAGAUAUGACUAGGGGCAGUGUCUCUUCCAGGGGGAGUUCUCAGACCCGAGGAUCCCCCAUGCUCCCAGGGGAGGGGAAACCUUUUUCAUUCAACAUUGUAGGGGGCAAGCUUUGGUGCACCCCCUGCUGAGGAGCAGCCCCCAGGAGGGGACCAGAGGGGAUGCUGUGUCGCUGCCUGGGAUCUUGGGGUUGGCCUUUGCAUGAGGGGGCAGGUGGAGCUUGGAUCAGUCUGUCUGGUUCCCGCCUCCCUGUCUCAGAGAGGAGGCAGUAGCCCCAGGGCGGGCUCGUGUUUGUACAUUGCACAGAAACUUGUGUGGGUGCUUUAGUAAAAAACGUGAAUGGA